CCAUAGUGCAAAGUAAUGCACGUGCUGUAUGAAUAAACAGAAGGAGAAAGAUAUGAAUACAUGAAAAUAUAUAGAGUAAGAACAGUUACAACACCAUAUUAUUAUAUGAAUACAUUAAGGUAGCUAGUACAGUAUUAACAGAAAGAUAUGCAAUGCAGGGAUUAAUAGUAAUGCAGUUUGAUAGUAAACAGCUUGAGAUAUGAGUGUAUGCUCUAAUGAACAGAUAUGUGCAGUAUAGACAGUGGUGUAAAUAUGAAUGCACUAUAGGUCAGAUAGUAUGUAUACAGUAUGAACAGUAGUGUACAUUUAUAUGGAUAUGUUAAAGUAUAGCAAUCAAAUCAUAAGUAGACUGGGGAGAAAAACAGUUCAUAUCUGGUGUUAUUUAUGUAUACAUUUGUUAUAUAACAAUAUGAAGGAUUCAAUAAAAAAUAAAAAUUGAAGCAUGCUGUGACUAUUCUAAGGUAUGCCUCGCUCACUUGUCAGUAACGUGGCCGUUUGACAACUUUCUUUCUUCUUUUCCUUCCUUUUGCACCGACGGUGACGUCACGCAAACAUGGACGCGUCCUGUGCAGAGUUGUAGCUGUCAGUGCCAAACUGUCUGGUACGAAGUCUGAUUUAAGCCAUUUUACUGCGGUCUUUAGGCAAAUAUCUGUCAUGAUAUGACACUGAAAUCUGCUGCGAUGACAGAAACGUGUGCAUAGUCAACCACAGGGACGUAAUAUGAGACGUUAUCGUUAGCUAUAUUAGCAAGCAAAUUAGCUCAAAGUUACACAUCGACGUGUUGUCUUCUCCCCUGGGUCUACUUGUUCUCGCGUCUGCCAUGAUUUGAGGGUGUUUUUAACAACAAAUGACAGUUCCUUAUUAGUAAAGAAGUAAGAACAGAAGGUGCUUGUAAAGCCUGGCUUGAGCCUGACUCCUGGUGUCCCCUAUGUCCAGCAGCCACGAUGAAUACAGCUUGAAGCACAUGGGAAACCUUAUGGGCAGCAGGAGACCGAAAGCACGGGAUGAUGGAGAGCAGAGUCUCAUUGGACAUCCAUCGAGGGACUCUGCCACUGGUGGGGACCUCCUGGACCAAGAUGCCCCGACAACGGGAUUUGUCUAUCUGUUGUCAUUUUUCUCCGCCCUUGGAGGAUUUCUCUUCGGGUAUGACACUGGGGUGGUCUCCGGGGCUAUGCUGCUCCUGAAGAAGGAGAUGAACCUGAGCAACCUGUGGCAGGAGCUGCUGGUUUCCAGCACAGUUGGGGCUGCAGCCCUCUCUUCUCUAGGUGGGGGCUCCUUGAACGGGUGGCUGGGGCGCAGGAUCUGCAUCAUCCUGGCCAGUUUCAUCUUCACUGUCGGUGGCAUCGUUUUGAGCGUAGCCCCUGACAAGGAGGUGCUUCUCGUGGGCAGAAUCAUUGUUGGUUUAGGCAUAGGCAUUGCCUCUAUGACAGUUCCCGUAUAUAUUGCUGAGGUUUCCCCCCCUCAACAGAGAGGUCAGCUGGUCACUAUCAACUCCCUCUUCAUCACCGGUGGCCAGCUCAUUGCCAGUGUGAUUGAUGGAGCUUUCAGCUACAUGAGUCACGACGGCUGGAGGUACAUGCUGGGUUUGUCCAUCGUCCCAGCAGCGCUGCAGUUCAUCGGCUUCUUCUUCCUGCCAGAGAGCCCCCGCUGGCUUAUCCAAAAGGGCCGCAGCCAAGAGGCCCGUGAGGCUCUCAGCCGGAUCAGAGGGGGCCAGAGCAUUGACUCGGAGUAUGACACCAUCAAAACCAGCAUCGAGGAAGAGGAGAAAGAGGCGGGUGGAGGAGGUCUUGUUAUUUUGAGGAUCCUCCGUCACGGUCCGACUCGCAGGGCUCUCAUCGUUGGCUGCGGCCUCCAGAUGUUUCAGCAGCUGUCUGGGAUAAACACAGUCAUGUACUACAGUGCAACUAUUCUGCAGAUGGCGGGGGUGCGGGAUGAUAAACUGGCAAUCUGGUUGGCUGCUGCAACUUCUGCCACCAACUUCAUGUUCACCUUGGUUGGAGUCUGGCUUGUGGAGAGAGUGGGCCGCAGGAAGCUGACCCUGGGCAGUCUUAUAGGUACUGGUCUGAGUCUUGCCUUGUUGGCAGUCGGGUUCUUGCUAUCUGCCAUGAAUUCUCCGCCCGUCACCCUCCAUCCAGUGGGAUCACAGAACUCAACCUGCAACCUAUAUUCGACCUGUGAAUUCUGCAUGUUGGAUCCGGCAUGUGGAUUUUGCUAUCGUGACAAUGGCACCACGGUGUACAACGCCUCCUGUGUUCCUGUCAAUCAGAAGUCCACAGAUCACGCCUCCUGGGGAAGGUGUUCAAACCAGACAGAGGCAACUGACAGCCUGUUCUGGGCCUAUAACUACUGUCCAACAGCCUACUCCUGGAUCGUCCUCAUGGGCCUCCUCCUCUACCUUGCAUGCUUUGCUCCAGGUAUGGGCCCCAUGCCUUGGACAGUGAACUCAGAGAUCUACCCGUUAUGGGCCCGCAGCACCGGCAAUGCCUGUUCAGCCGGGGUCAACUGGAUCUUCAACGUCCUGGUGUCUCUGACAUUUCUUCACGUUGCUGAGUUUCUGACCUAUUACGGGGCGUUCUUCAUGUACACCGGCCUGGUGGUGUUGGCCCUCCUAUUCGUCCAGGGCUGCCUCCCAGAGACUCAGGGACUGCAGCUGGAGGAAAUCGAGAACCUAUUCACUGGUCAGCUCUGCUCCUGCGGAGUCUCCUCACCAAGUGACAAUCGCCACAUCCACUACAUCCGGGUAAAAGGCAACAACCGCCUCCUCUCUGAAAGCGAUGCCUCAGAUGUAGAGUAGGCUGGGAAGAUUUUCUCUCUCCACUCUGUCCUUGGGUUUGCUGAUGUUGGGAGGAAAGUUGAUCAUGACGCCCUCUGGUGGCUGCAAUCAGACAUAAACAAAAAAAUUCUACUGCUGUUCAGUGAGUCAAUUCAAAUGGGCUCUUUCUUCUCGCUCAGAUGAUUCUUUCGGCAGUCUUCUGUGUUUUUGUUUGUCUGCCUUUAUCUCAGCUGGGACUUGGUCAACUUUUCUUUUUUUUUUUUUGGAGCAGUCCUCUUGUUUCACAUCAUUCCCCAUGUCUUGACUUGGGUAAACACGGUUCAUGGGAACAGUGUUUCUGGAGUAAUCAAUAUUCCAGGAAAGCUAUAGAAUGUCAAAAUAAUAUGAAACUGAAACUGAAACUAAUGGUGGUAUGCUUCCAUGGAAUUUUCUUAUUCAACAAAUUGAUCAUCUGUGUCUUACUGAUAUCAAAGAUGAACUCUGGGGAAUGAUUUUUGUUUUCCCAGCAAGUAGCAUUUUAGUUAAAUGUCGCCGUUUUUUCCAGUGAGUUCAGGAACCAAGUGACCUGGCUGUGAAUAAUUCUAUUAGACAAUGUAAAGAAAUCUUUACAGGUGUCAGUGUCUACACUCAGACUUUUGAUAUUCCAGCAAGAAGUUGUUUGUAUGUGAGCCUUAAUUAUUUGAAGUUUUAAAUGUAUUAAGAUUUUAGAUCCACAACAUGGACUUUUUCAAAUAAUUUACUAUUCUCUAUACUCAUUGAUUUAUUUGGCUUAUUUAGACUUCUGCAUAUCUGCACAAUCUUUAAAAUCAGUAGUUUAAUUCCUGUCUAAAAACUACUAACAUGGGUUUAAUCUCUUAGUCGGUGCUGGUGUCAAACAAAACAGUUGAUUGUGGGUUGCUGCUAUUACAUGUACAGUGGGAGAGAUUGCACUUUAAAAACCAAACUGGUGUCUUGCCUUUUGAAAGAACAAGAUGUUUAUAAUGUCAGGUUGCUAGAACAAGUUGCUCAAGCCUUUGAUUUUCUAGCAAGGAUCGGAGUUCAGCCCAGCACAGUACGGAGCAGUGGAUUCAGACAACGCCAUAGCCUAUAUCACUGUAAGUACGGUAUCAAGGUGUUAAGUGUGCUAGUAACUUUUCUGCUAUGAGACAACACUGCUGAGUAUUCUUAAAAUUUGAUGUAUUUGUUUUUGCAGCUCAGAUAAUGGUGACCAAGUAGUCCAAAAGAGUUAACAUCACAUUUGUCCAGAAGGUCCUGUUUGCACUGUACAGGAUUUCCUCAGAAGGUUUCCGGUGCAGUUGUCUUUUGUGAAAUUGACAUUCCUGUGCAAAUAGAUGAUAGAUGGAAAUGUUGCCGUUAAUGUUUUUUUGAUGAACAAUCUGAGCUUUAAAGAAUGUUUAACCUGAAGAGUUUUCUGAUGAGUGUAUUUGGAUAUUACACAAAAACCUUAAUCUUUAUGGGAACAAACCUUUUUUUCAAUAUUUAUAACUACAUAUUUUGUGGUUGCAGAUCUGUCAUUCUUUCACAUCAUGUCAUAUUUGUUGUGAAAACUCACGAGCAGUAGGAAAGUAGUGAUAACAUCCCGCCACUAUUAAUGUAAAUCUUUUCGAUUACCAGCAUGUGCGAGACAUUCAGAGAGGAAAAUGAUUUAUCACUUUUGUAUUGUAACACAGAUAUUGUAAGCCAUUUUGUACAACCUUAUUUAUCCUCAGGGGAACGAAAGUGAUGAGUGUACCGAGAGUGAUGUCUGAAAAGUCAGCAGUUUAUAGCCCAUAAACCAUUUGAAUCAUAACAGAUGAGGUGUGUGCAUUUUGCAACAUGGUAUACGCAUUUUGUGUAUGAAAUGCUCAUGCUGUAAAUUAAAUUACUUUCCGUUUCUCUCA